GGGGCGCCCGGCAUGCAGGGCCGGCUUGGGGGGCUCCCCGCCCCCCGUCGGGCUCGGGGCCCGAGCCGUGACGUCACGGCGGCUGGAAGUGCCCGGCGCGGAGGCGCGGGAGGGGGUGUGGAGCGGGGUGGGGGCCCCCCAAGCCGGCGCCUUAUAAAGCGGAGCCCGCGAGGCGCCGAGCCGCAGCGCGCGUCCCCCUCGGCCCCGGCCGGACCCAGGGACGGUGCCCCCCGCCCGCACCCAGGGACGGCGCCCCCGGCGGCCCCGGGGCAUGAGGUGGGGGCGCCAUGUCGGUGCCGCUGCUCAAGAUCGGGGCGGUGCUCAGUACCAUGGCCAUGGUCACCAACUGGAUGUCGCAGACGCUCCCCUCGCUCGUGGGGCUCAACGGCACCGUGUCCCGCGCUGGCACCUCCGAGAGAAUCACCCUCUUCCAGAGCCCAGAGGAAGGCUGGCAGCUGUACACCUCAGCUCAGGCCCCCGACGGGAAAUGCAUCUGUACGGCUGUGAUCCCCGCCCAGGGCACCUGCUCCCGCGAUGGGCGGAGUCGAGAGCUGCGGCAGCUGAUGGACAAGGUGCAGAAUGUCUCGCAGUCCAUGGAGGUCCUUGAGCUGAGGACGUACCGUGACCUGCAGUAUGUGCGCAGCAUGGAGAGCCUCCUGCGCAGCCUGGACGCGAGGCUGCGGGUGGCCGACGGCUCCCUCUCGGCCAAGAGCUUCCAGGAGCUGAAGGACAGGAUGACGGAGCUGUCACCCCUGAGCUCGGUCCUGGAGCAGUACAAGGCCGACACGCGGACCAUCGUGCGCCUGCGCGAGGAAGUGAGGAACCUCUCGGGCAGCCUGGCGGCCAUCCAGGAGGAGAUGGGCGCCUAUGGGUACGAGGACCUGCAGCAGCGGGUGACGGCUCUGGAGGCCCGGCUGCAUGCCUGCGCCCAGAAGCUGGGCUGUGGGAAGCUGACCGGGGUCAGUAACCCCAUCACCAUCCGGGCCAUGGGGUCCCGCUUUGGCUCCUGGAUGACCGACACCAUGGCCCCCAGCACAGACAGCCGGGUCUGGUACAUGGAUGGCUACUACAAAGGCCGCCGGGUCCUGGAGUUCCGCACCCUGGGGGACUUCAUCAAAGGCCAGAACUUUAUCCAGCACCUGCUGCCCCAGCCAUGGGCGGGCACCGGCCACGUGGUCUACAACGGGUCCCUCUUCUAUAACAAAUACCAGAGUAACGUGGUAGUCAAGUACCACUUCCGCUCGCGGUCUGUGCUGGUGCAGAGGAGCCUUCCGGGCGCCGGCUACAACAACACCUUCCCUUACUCGUGGGGCGGCUUCUCCGACAUGGACUUCAUGGUGGACGAGAGCGGGCUCUGGGCCGUCUACACCACCAACCAGAAUGCGGGCAACAUUGUGGUCAGCCGGCUGGAUCCGCACACCCUGGAGGUGCUGCGCUCCUGGGACACCGGCUACCCCAAGCGCAGCGCCGGCGAGGCCUUCAUGAUCUGUGGCGUGCUCUAUGUGACCAACUCACACCUGGCGGGGGCCAAGGUCUACUUCGCCUACUUCACAAACACGUCCAGCUACGAGUACACGGACGUGCCCUUCCACAACCAGUAUUCCCACAUCUCCAUGCUGGAUUACAACCCCCGGGAGCGCGCCCUGUACACCUGGAACAACGGCCACCAGGUGCUCUACAACGUCACGCUCUUCCACGUCAUCAGUACCGCCGGGGACCCCUAGGUGCUGCUGCCGGCACUCCCCUCGCCACGUCUGUUGUGUCCACGCUCCCCUCUGCCUGGCAGUGCGCUCUCUUCUCCUUUCUUGGUCUCUGCUUUUGAUAC